UGCACUGCAUUGGUUUACUUGUUUUUGUUGCUUGUUUGAACAAUCAUGAAGUCAUGAUGUUCUUCCCUUAACAGAAUCUCUCUCUCUCUCUCUCUCUCUCUUAAUGCAUGGUGCAUUUUAGUUGUACAUACUAGCUGCUUCACAUUUUGACUUCCAUUUGAAUGGUCUUGGCAGCUGAAGCUUCUGCAAAAACAAGAAGAAUGAAAGUUCUCAUCAGCAUUCUCCUCCUCCUAUCACUCGCCACACACAUCAAUUCCGAUCUCAGCUCCGACACAGCCGCCCUUCUGGAAUUCGCCGAUGCGGUCCCGCACGUGCGUAAUCUCAACUGGAACGCCGCAAAUCCAAUCUGCACUUCAUGGAUAGGCAUCACUUGCUCCAACGACAAUACCAGAGUCGCCGGAGUCCAUCUCCCCGGCAUCGGCCUCUUCGGAGAAAUCCCGGCCAACACCUAUCGGAAAUUAGACGCCCUCAAAGUCCUCAGCCUGCGAUCAAACCACCUCAGCGGCGACCUCCCCUCCGACAUCCUCUCCCUCCCUUCCCUCCAAGCCCUCUACCUCCAGCGCAACAACUUCUCCGGCGCCAUCCCCCUCUUCCUCUCGCCCCGCCUCGCCGUCGUCGAUCUCUCCUCCAACUCGCUCUCCGGCGCCAUCCCGCCGUCGCUCGCCGAGCUCAAGAGGCUGGCCGUGCUCAACCUCGAAUUCAAUUCCUUCACCGGAAAUCUCCCCAAUCUCGACAUUCCAACCCUAAAAAUGUUGAAUGUGAGCUACAAUUCCCUAAAUGGCUCCAUUCCCCAAUCCCUAGCUAAAUUCCCCGCUUCAUCCUUCAUCGGGAACGCGGAUCUCUCCUCAGCGCCGUCAGCCUCGUCUUUCGCUGCUCCUCCACAACAAGGCUCCUCUUCUUCUUCUCCUCAGAGUGCCAAGUCGAGGAAACUGAAUACAGGAUCCAUCGUGGCCAUCAGCGUUGCCUGCGCGUGUCUGGCAAUUGUAGCGCUGGCGUAUCUCCUCAUGAUCUGCGUGAAGAAGAGGAAUCAGAAGCACGGCUCCUCCACCAGAGUGAUCAAAGUGAAGACAUCGUCGUCUGACGGCGUCAAGACGGAGAAUCUCAAGUCGGACGAUUUCGGGAGCGGCGUGCAAGGAGCGGAGAAGAUCAAGCUCACAGUCUUCCAAGGCUGCUCCUUCAACUUCGAUCUCGAAGACUUGCUCCGAGCCUCGGCGGAGGUGCUCGGGAAGGGCACUCACGGCACCACCUACAAGGCCAUCCUCGACGAAUCCACCACGGUGGCUGUUAAAAGGCUCAAAGACGUCGCCGUUGCCAAGAAGGAAUUCGAUCAGUACAUGGAGGUCGUGGGCCGCCUCGGCCGCCACCCCAACGUCGUGCCGUUGCUCGCAUACUACUGCUCCAAAGACGAGAAGCUUCUCGUCUACGAGUACAUGCCUUCAGGCAGCUUGUCUGCGGCCUUGCACGGCAAUCGAGAUGUAGGAGGAGCUGCACUGGAUUGGGAUUCGAGGCUGAACGUGGCGAUCGGAGCAGCAAGAGGGGUGGCCCACAUUCACUCAGAAGGCGGGGCGAAGUUCAUCCAUGGCAACAUAAAGUCCUCCAACAUACUCCUAAGAGGAGGCCUUGACGGCUGCAUUUCCGACCUGGGCUUGAGCCCGCUGCUAACGGGCUACAACGACGUCAAGUAUCGCGUCGCCGGCUACAGAGCGCCGGAGGUGAUGGAGACGGCGAGGAAGGCCACGCAGAAAUCGGAUGUGUACAGCUUUGGUGUAGUGCUUCUUGAAAUGCUGACGGGGAAGAGCCCCGUGAGGUGCCCCGGGUACGAGGAGGUGGUUGAUCUGCCGAGGUGGGUGAGGUCCGUGGUCCGGGAGGAGUGGACGGCGGAGGUGUUCGACGUGGAGCUGAUCAAGCACGGCGGCGUCGAGGAGGAGCUGGUGCAGAUGCUGCAGAUCGCCUUCUGCUGCGUGGCCAAGGUGGCGGAGGCGCGCCCGUCAAUGGAUGAGGUGGUGGGGAUGAUGGAGAGGGUUCGGCAUCCGGACGUCGAGAACCGGCCGUCGUCCGAGGACAACCGCUCCAAGGAUUCAAAUGUGCAGACGCCGUGAAAUGGGAAUAGUAUUGGUGGUGUUGGUAUAUGGUAGGAGUUUAAUUUCUCAAUUGGUUUUGUAUAAGGCCAUAAGAUGUGACAUGGUGUAGUUAUGUAGUGAAGAUUUUUCAUUUCCUAAAGAGGGAUUGGGGGAUGAUGCUUAACAUCCCUUUCA